CAUUGUUGGGUCUGUCGUUUCACUUAUUGCUCCUCGCUCGUCGUCUGUUGUCUGUCCGCUCAUCACCACUCCUCAACAGUACCAAACAGCUAACCACAUUAAAACGCAGCCGAAGCAGUCGCCGUCGUUCCUGUGGCUACACACCUCUGUCCUUACGGAUCCCGCCGAGUGGUAGAGUGGUAUUUUCCCGACGCUGAGCAUUCGUUUCCGGUCGAUUCCAUUCCUUCGACAUGUUUUCAAGAACUAGAGAAGCCGUUGCAAACAUAGAACCUAGUGGUACUGCUGCAGAAGAGGAUCAAGAAGAGGAAUAUUCUGUGGAAAAAGUUUUAGAUAAACGUACAAGAAACAAUCAAAUAGAAUAUUUACUUAAAUGGGAUGGCUACAAUCAUAAUCAUAAUACUUGGGAACCCCUGGAAAAUCUUGAUUGCAAAGACUUAAUAAACGAGUACGAAGAAACUGAAAGAAAAAGAAAGGAAAAAGUUGGGCGUGGUGGCAGUAGCUAUAAACGUACACUUUCAACUUCAACGGUUAAAACUAUUGGGUUAUUAGAAGGUCAUCGUAAGAUCAGGAAUAAAAAGAACAAUGUAAUUGACAAUUAUGACACGGACAAUGACGAAUUACCAAUUAUGAAAAUUCCAGAAAGAAUUAUGGGUGCAACUGAUGCUAGUGGCCAAUUGAUAUUUUUAAUGAAGUGGAGAGGAGUAAAAGAACUCGAUUUAAUCCCAGCUAAAGAGGCUAAUUUAAAGUGGCCUCAAAUUGUUAUUCAGUUCUAUGAAGAAAGACUUGAAAUAUGAAUCUUGAAAUAUAAAAUGGUGUUUGACUAUUAUAAUAUGAAUAAAGAUUACAUG